AUGUCUGGGGUUAGAGGAUGGAGGGAAGGCAGCAGGUACAGGACGACUGCUGCCUCCAGUACCCCAUUUUCCUCUCAGGGCUACCUCUCGGAUGACAACAGUAAAACAGAAAACCCCCAGAAGCUGACAACAUCUGAAGAGGAGCAAAGUGGACAAACGUCAGCCUCCCAAGAACAGGAAGGACAGUAUGUCGGCCCAUAUGUCUUGAUAACUCCAAAUCAAACCAGAAGAAACCAGCUGCAGCAAAUUGCUAAGAAAGAGCUACAUGACCUGGAGCGGUGGAAGGAAGAGCACAGGCCAGGGCUGAUUAAGUUGGUUCCACAGAGACUGGGUGGAAAGGAAUCAGAGGCUCAAGCAAGGCAAAAACAGCAAAUGAUGCUUAUGCAAUCUAAAUACCAGCAAAAGCACAAGAGAGAAGAAUAUGUAAAAGCAAAAAAGACAGCUGAAGAAGCUGAAAUCCUGAAAAAGAAAGCAAUUCAGAGAGAAAAG